AUGGCGGCGUUCCGGGCGCUCGGGCUGGCGCCGUGGCUGGCGGAGCAGGCGCGGCAGCUGGGGCUGCUCCGGCCCACGCCCGUGCAGGCCGCCUGCAUCCCGGCCGUGCUGCAGGGCCGGGACUGCCUGGGCUGCGCGCAGACCGGCAGCGGGAAGACGGCGGCGUUCGUGCUGCCGGUGCUGCAGCUCCUCUCCGAGGAUCCCUACGGCAUCUUCUGCCUCGUGCUCACCCCCACCCGGGAGCUGGCCUACCAGAUCGCCGAGCAGUUCCGGGUGCUGGGCAAACCCCUGGGCCUCAAGGACUGCGUGGUGGUGGGCGGCCUCGUCUCCCCGUGCCCGCCGUGCCAGGUGCUGGACGAGGCGGACCGGCUGCUGGAGCAGGGCAGCGCGGAUUUCAGCGCCGACCUGGAGCUGAUCCUGGGCGCGGUGCCCGCGCGCCGCCAGACGCUGCUGUUCAGUGCCACCCUGACGGCCACGCUGGGCCAGCUGCGGGCCCUGGCCGCCAACAGCCCCUUCUUCUGGGAGGCCACGGCCCCGGUGAGGACGGUGGAGGGGCUGGAGCAGCGGUACCUGCUGGUGCCUGAGGCACUCAAGGACGCCUACCUGGUGCACCUGGUGCAGAGCUUCCAGGACCAGCACGAGGACUGGGCCAUCAUCAUCUUCACCAAAACCUGCAAGGACUGCCAGGUGCUGAACAUGAUGCUGAGGAAAUUCAGCUUCCCUUCUGUGGCUCUGCACUCCAUGAUGAAGCAGAAACAGAGAUUUGCAGCUUUGGCCAAGUUCAAGUCCAGCAUCUUCAAGAUCCUCAUCGCCACCGACGUGGCUGCCAGAGGUUUGGACAUCCCUGCAGUGCAGGUCGUCAUCAACCACAACACCCCGGGGCUGCCCAGGAUCUACAUCCACCGUGUGGGGCGGACGGCGCGCGCGGGGCGGAAGGGCCUGGCCCUGACGCUGGUGACGCAGUACGACAUCCACCUGGUGCACGCCAUCGAGGAGGAGAUCAAGCUGCAGCUGCAGGAGUUCCCCGUGCAGGAGCAGGAGGUGCUGCAGAUCCUGACCCAAGUCAGCGUCACCAGGAGGGAGUGUGAGAUUGAGCUGGAGGGGGCGGAUUUUGAUGAGAAGAAAGAAAUCAAUAAAAGGAAACAGCUGAUCCUGGAAGGGAAGGACCCGGAGCGCGCGGCCCGCGGGCGGGCGGAGCUGGCCGGGAUCCGCCGCCGGAACCGGGAGUGCCGGGAGAAGGCGCGGCAGAGCCUGGAGAGGCGGCGGCAGCUGCGGCUGAGCAGGAAACGGCAGCGAGGGGCGGAGAGGAGGAGGAGGAGGAUGGACAGGGAGCAGCAGCAGGAGCAGGAGCAGUGACUGGAACUGCCCUGGAAUUGCUGCUGCCGCAGGAAAAUCGGGACUGAGCGCUGGGACGGGGGAACGAAUCCCUGCUGGGGAGAAGGAACACUCCGGGAAUCUCCAGGAAUUCCUCCCCGGGAAGGGCUUCCCCCAUUCCUGCUGAGCUGGGUGCCUCUCCUGGAGAAUCCGGAGUUCCCUGGGAAUCGCCUGGCACGGUCUGGGGGGACUUUGUUGCCACAAAUGCCUGGAUGUUGGAAUUGUUGGGGGAGUUCUGGGGAUAAAAUGGGGUUUGGGUGAGAAUUGAGCAUUUUGGGUGUUUUAUCCCUCAGGCAGCCUGAGCCCAGCCCUAAAUUCCCUGAGAGCUGUCCCUCAGGGAUUCAUCCUGGAUGUUUCUUGGGGGAUUUUGAGGUGAUUUUGGGAGGUGCCAAAGCAGAUUUUGUGCGUCUGGGGGUGCCACAGCACGGCCAGUGCCCUGUGCUGCUGAGUGUAAACCGAGCAUCGCUGCUCCAAAAAUAACCUCGGGCAGCUUAACAGCUGAUCCUGCAGCUGUUCCUGCAGUGAUCCUGCAGCUGAUCCUGCAGUGAUCCUGCAGCCCGGGUCCUGCAGCUGAUCCUAAAGUGAUCCUGCAGCCCAGGUCCUGCAGUGAUCCUGCAGCUGAUCCUGCAGUGAUCCUGCAGCUGUUCCUGCAGUGAUCCUGCAGCCCAAGUCCUGCAGUUGAUCCUGCAGCCCAGAUCCUGCAGCUGUUCCUGCAGUGAUCCUACAGCCCAGAUCCUGCAGCUGAUCCUAAAGUGAUCCUGCAGCUGAUCUUGCAGUGAUCCUGCAGCCCAGAUCCUGCAGCCGAUCCUGCAGUGAUCCUGCAGCCCAAGUCCUGCAGCUGAUCCUGCAGUGAUCCUGCAGCUGAUCCUGCAGCAGCUCUGAGGCUCAGCUCACCCAGCUCCUCAUUAGCAGCGUGAUUUAAUUACAAUCUCAUCCUCGCAGCUCCUGGGCUAACAGCCUCCGCAGGCUGGUGAGAACUGGGCUGCCAGGGCGUGCCACACCCCCGGGGACACUCCCCACCAUAAAAGGGACCAAAAAAAGAAGCCAAAAACCCCCCAA